CGCGAAGCAGGCCAGUCGCUCGUGUGCGAGGCUACGUGUCGGAUGUCGAAUAUAGUUUACGCCCAUGUGUCCAUUUAUUGGUUUUUCGCGUUCAUUACCAAGUAUACACGCUCGUGUAAUCAUUGUAGAGAGAAGAUGGUGCUUCGUAAGAAUGUUUAUCAUAGGAACGCUUGUUUCGUGCGAUUUUGUAAAAUCGUUUAGGAAGUAACGUGUACGCAAGCGCACGUUGGUUUGCGACGAAAAAGAAUCGGGCAGGCAUAGGGAAAGAGAGAGAGAUAGAGAAGUGAGAGAAGAGAGAGAAGAGAAAGAGCAAAAGUGAAGAAUUGGCAUCGGCGACUCGGGCGCGUCUUUAACGUGCCUCAGGACCGACCGUCUAUCGGUCAUUGUUGUUACUGUCGUCUCAUCCUUUCUCUUUCUAUUUUAUUGAAUUUACUAGAACGGCAAGACUGAAGAAAGAUAGUGCGAUCGAAAGAAGGAAGGAAGUAAGGAGUCAUGGUAUCAAGGCACCACGACGCUACUUCCGACUUUGCUUCCGAGGAUCGUUUUGGUGCAUAUUGUUGUCGUAGCCAGGACAUGGCCUGCGAUCGUGCUGACUCGGACUUCGAGUUCUCAAUACCACCCGAAGCUCCUGUAUUCGAGCCGAGCACCGAGGAGUUCCUCGACCCUCUUGGAUAUAUCGCUAAAAUAAGACCGAUCGCUGAGAAAUCUGGCAUCUGUAAAAUCAAACCUCCGCCCAAUUGGCAACCACCGUUUGCAGUUGACGUCGACAAAUUCAAAUUUGUCCCGCGAAUACAAAGAUUAAAUGAAUUGGAAGCAAAAACUAGGAUAAAACUUAAUUUCUUAGAUCAAAUUGCUAAGUUUUGGGAACUACAAGGUUCCUCGUUAAAAAUACCUCUUGUCGAGCGCAAAGCUUUGGAUUUGUAUUCCUUGCAUAAGAUUGUCACAGACGAAGGAGGCAUAGAAACUGUAACUAAAGAAAGAAGAUGGGCGAAAAUUGCCAACAAAUUAGGUUAUCCCUCUGGAAGAAGCGUUGGAAGUAUUUUAAAAAAUCACUAUGAAAGAAUUUUAUAUCCAUUUGACGUAUUUAAACAAGGAAAAGCAUUGACUGAUAUUAAAAUAGAACCAGAUUCUGACGAAAAAACCGAAAAAAGAGAUCGUGAUUACAAGCCGCAUGGAAUAAUUUCAAGACAACAGAUAAAACCACCGGCUGAAAAGUUUUCGCGUCGUUCUAAGAGAUUUUCUGGCCAGGAAGAAAAACAAGAAGUUGGUAUUAAACAAGAAGACUGUAAAGAAGAAUAUGACUCUGAUCAUGACUGCAAGGAGGGUAUUGUUAGAGGCAGAUAUAUAGAUAACGAUAAAAGUAAGGAGCUUAAGAAAUUACAAUUUUAUGGAGCCGGUCCAAAAAUGGCUGGUUUCAAUACCAAAGAACCAAAGAAAUCCAACAAAACUAGAGGAGUUAAGCUAACAUACGAGUUUGAUCCACUUGCAAAAUACAUUUGUCAUAAUUGUGGGAGAGGAGACAACGAGGAGAAUAUGCUUCUAUGUGAUGGCUGUGACGAUAGCUAUCAUACAUUUUGCUUAAUGCCACCUUUAACAGAAAUACCUAAGGGAGAUUGGAGGUGUCCAAAAUGUGUUGCAGAGGAGGUUUCUAAACCGAUGGAAGCUUUUGGUUUCGAGCAAGCGCAGAGAGAGUACACUCUUCAACAGUUUGGCGAAAUGGCGGAUCAAUUCAAAAGCGAUUAUUUUAACAUGCCAGUACAUAUGGUUCCCACCACGUUGGUAGAAAAAGAAUUCUGGAGAAUAGUUUCGUCCAUCGACGAAGAUGUGACAGUAGAAUAUGGCGCGGAUUUACAUACCAUGGAUCAUGGCUCUGGAUUUCCAACAAAAACGAGUGUUAAUUUAUUUAUGUGCGAUCAAGAAUAUGCAGAGUCUUCAUGGAAUUUAAACAAUCUACCAGUUUUACGUAGUAGUGUAUUAGGUCAUAUUAAUGCAGACAUCAGUGGCAUGAAAGUCCCAUGGAUGUACGUUGGCAUGUGUUUCGCAACAUUCUGUUGGCAUAAUGAAGAUCAUUGGAGUUACUCCAUUAAUUAUUUACAUUGGGGAGAGCCAAAGACAUGGUAUGGCGUGCCUGGCUCUCAAGCAGAAAAAUUUGAACACUCCAUGAAAUCUGCUGCUCCUGAAUUAUUUCACAGUCAACCUGAUUUGUUACAUCAACUGGUAACAAUUAUGAAUCCAAAUAUCUUAACGAGCGAAGGAGUACCAGUUUUUAGAACUGAUCAACACGCUGGCGAAUUUGUUGUUACAUUUCCAAGAGCGUAUCAUGCAGGUUUUAAUCAAGGCUACAACUUUGCGGAAGCUGUCAAUUUUGCACCAGCAGAUUGGCUUAAAAUGGGAAGGGAGUGCAUUUCGCAUUAUUCAAAUUUAAGGCGGUUUUGUGUAUUCUCUCACGACGAAUUGGUAUGCAAAAUGUCUUUAGAUCCAGACUCAUUGGAUAUUGGAAUUGCUACUGCUACUUACCAUGACAUGUUACAAAUGGUAGACGAUGAGAAAAAAUUGAGGAAAAAUCUAUUGGAGUGGGGUGUUACGGAGGCAGAACGGGAAGCUUUUGAGUUAUUACCAGAUGAUGAGAGACAGUGUGAAGCUUGUAAAACAACUUGUUUUUUAAGUGCAGUUACAUGUUCGUGUCACAAUUCUCAGUUAGUUUGUUUAAGACAUUUUACGGAUCUUUGUGAUUGCCCUCCGGAGAAACAUACUUUACGCUAUCGUUACACAUUAGACGAAUUGCCCAUCAUGUUACAAAAGUUAAAAUUGAAAGCAGAGUCUUUCGACUCUUGGGUAACUAAAGUUAAAGAAGCCAUGGAUCCAAAGAAACCCAAAGUUGAACUUAGCGAGUUGAAAGAACUUUUGAAUGAAGCAGAAAACAAGAAGUUUCCUGAUAGUGAAUUGUUAACAGCUUUGACAACGGCUGUACAAGAUGCAGAAAAGUGUGCAAGCGUCGCGCAACAGCUAUUGAACAAUAAACAACGUACAAGGACCAGACAAUCCGUCGAAACAAAAUACAAAUUAACUGUGGAAGAAUUGACAUUAUUUUAUAAAGAAAUAAGAAGCUUACGUUGCGAAUUAGAAGAAUCCAAUGGUGUAAAGUUUAUAUUGAAUCAGGUAUUGUCAUUUCAAAGCGAUGCUGAAUACUUGGAGUCUACGGAAAAUGAUUGUAAUAUUUCUAAACUAGAAAUGUGUAUAGAAUUUGGGGAUUCCAUAUGUAUUGAGUUACCGCAACUUGUACGCUUAAAACAGAAAUUAGCACAAAUGCAAUGGUUAGAAGAAAUAAAAUCCCUUCAAGAAGAUCCAAAAUCCAUAAGUCGUGUGGAUUUAGAAAGAUUAAUAGAAAAAGGAACGACGAUACCUCCGCAUUUUAAAAUCGAAAAUACUUUGUCCGAAUUACGAACGUUGAUGACUGCGAUCGAUAAGUGGGAAGAAAAAGCGAAAAUGUAUUUGAAUGCAAGAAACAGGCCAACUGUUUCAGCGGUUGAAGAAUUUGUUCACGAAGCCGACGAAGUCGAAGCUUAUCUCCCAAGUUUAGAUACGUUACAAGAUAUAUUAGGACGAGCAAAGAAUUGGUCAAACAUGGUAGAAGAGAUUCAAGCUAAAGAAAACUUUCCAUAUUACGAUACGUUAGAUGAAAUAAUUAGGAAAGGUAGGAGUAUUCCAUUACAAUUGGAUGCACUUUCAAUGUUAGAGUCGACGCUUUCUCUAGCUAAAACUUGGAAAGAAAGAACAGUAAGGACAUUCCUAAGGAAAAAUUCCCAUUAUACGUUGAUGGAAGCUUUGUCCCCACGUGUCGGAGUUGGCGUUCAAGCUAUGAAGACUAAGAAAAAUAAAGGUGACGAAUCCGUCGGUGCUGUGUUCGUUUGUGAUACAAAACUCGAUGAUUCGAAUAAUUCGGCGACCGUGGUAGCUGCUUUCAAAUUAGCCGAACAACGUGAGAUGGAUGCAAUGAGAAAAUUAAGGGACAAAAAUGUAUCUAAAGCUGAAGAGGAUGAUUCUAAAUAUUGUGUAUGUCGUAGAAUAAGAUAUGGACUUAUGCUUCAGUGUGAGCUAUGUAAAGAUUGGUUUCAUUCUAAUUGUGUGCCAUUACCUAAAACAACCUAUAAAGGCAAAGUGCCGAUCUCGAGAGAAGUUAAAUUUUUAUGUCCAUGUUGUUUACGUUCAAGAAGACCACGUUUGGAAACUAUUUUAGCCCUUUUAGUUAGUCUUCAAAAGAUCCCCAUACGUUUACCCGAAGGUGAAGCGUUGCAGUGUCUAACAGAACGAGCAAUGAACUGGCAGGAUCGUGCUAGACAAGCUUUAGCGACAGAAGAAAUUUCUUUGGCAUUGAAAACGUUAUCUGCGUUAUCGCAACAAUUAGUUGAAGCUGCUGCCAGAGAAAAAACAGAAAAAAUUAUUAGCAGCGAAUUGAAAAAAGCAGCUAAUAAUCCAGAAUUGCAUCAAAGAGUACAAGCUAUCGCACCUCUUAGCGGUGUUCAUUCGGACGAUAGUGUGCUUAGCACAGCUGAUGACGAUGACGAUGUCGUUACGAUUGAUGACGAUGAACCAACAUGUAGUACCUUUAAUAGUAAUGAACAUGCCUACUCUUACAUUUCUAAACAUCAACGUAAAUCUCAAUCAAGUGAUUCCUCAGAAACAGCCGUAAUCUUGUCGCACAAUGCCAGGCAACACUUAGAAGAAUUAAUGAUGGAAGGAGACUUAUUAGAAGUUGCAUUAGACGAGACACAACAUAUUUGGCGUAUUUUAAGUCAUACCAAUAGUCCAAGUACUAUUAGAAAGUACGCGGCACUCGAAGAAAUUCAAACUAAUUGCAAUCAAGAAUCCAAGGAUGCUAAAAAACGUGGUAGGAAAAGGAAAUCCGAAGAAUUUGAAUUAUUAAAGAAACUUGGAAAGCAAAAAGUCGAUGACAAAAGUUCGGUUAAACGUAAAGGAUUGAUAAAAGAGAAAAAAUCAGCUUGUUCACCUGUGCCAAUAAAACGUGGCCCACGGAAGAUGAAACGAAAAGAAGGAGAGGAAGGUCCAAAGAAAAGAGGAGGGAAUAGAAAAAAAACCAAACAGGACACCUCGGAUGAGGAAGAAGAUUGUGCUGCAGUUAAUUGCUUACAUCCCAGUGGUAGGGAAGUAGAUUGGGUCCAAUGCGAUGGGGGAUGCGAAGGUUGGUUUCACAUGCAUUGCGUUGGUCUUGAUAGAACAGAAAUCGCCGAAGAAGACGAUUACAUUUGCAGUAAUUGCAAAGAGACAGAUCAAAAUUCCACGUCGAGAGGGCCAGAUUCCCUGGCUGAAUCUUUAGGAUUGGAUGCACUUCUUUCCCUUUCUCAAUCUCAGGCAUACCAUGGGACCGAUACCGAAGCUAAUAUCCACGAAACUUCAUCCUUCGUCAAGACCUACUAGCGUGUUUUCAAUCGUUGACAAAGCUCAAGAGAAUCAUACGAUGAUUUAUUAUUAUUAUUAUUAUUAUUAUUAUUAAUUAUAUUACUAUUAUUAUUAUAUUAUUAUUAUUACGAUUAUUAUUAUCAUACUAUCAUUAUUCUAUUAUUAUUAUUAUUAUUGUAUCAAUCGAUUAUCAAAUGAUGUCCUUUGUGAUUAUAAUCUAUCGAUAUAUAUCACACACAACACACGUAUAUACAGAUACACACAUACACUGCAGGUUAUUGUACAUUAUCUGGAUAUAAGCUGCGAGUGGUGAAGAGAUAAAAGAGACAGAAUCAUAUAAUUGCACGCUAGUCGUUAUAUAUAUAUAUAUAAUUUGUUGGUGUAAUAUUUUACACCAACAACUGUGAUUAUUUUAUUAAUUAUUUUUUUGUUUCUUUUCUUUUUUUUUUUUUUUAAAUUUUUGUUAGGUGUAAAUCAGGGUUGAGCUUUUAUCUUUAAUUUCUUUUUAAAUAUUGAAGAUUCGUCACAGUAGAGAUAAUUACUUUUAUUAUUAGAUUGUAUCGCGUUCGAUAUAUCAAUAGUUAGAAUUUGUUAAUUUCUUGUUUUUGCUUAUUUUUUCUUGGUUUCUUCUCAUCUUUUGUAGAUAUCCAUUACGAGCGGAAUGAUGAUAAAAAUGAAAUAUAUAUACCCUUUCAGUGUUUGUUAUAGUAUAAGAAAAUGAUAGAUUCGUUUGUUCCUUUAUAUAUUCUUUAAAGAUAUAAGUUGCCAGUGAGAGCAAUGACGAAUUUCAGCAUAGGACAAUUGAAAUGAUAUCAUUUAUAUUAAGUUAUAUAAUUUAAUCAAUUUUAAUUUAAUAUCUUAAAUUUAUAAUUGGCGUAUCAUUUAUAUAUUUUAGAUUUUGCAACUAGGUAUAAUUGUAUUUUGGCAGCGUAUAUAUUUCACAUUUCAUCAUUAAUAUUAAUAAAUCAAUCGAGAGAGAAAAAUAUAUAUAUACAUUUAAUAACUAAAUUCGUUUUCUAAGUUUGAAGUGCCGUUUUAGAUUAUCAGAUACAUAUAAGACAUUUGAAGACAAAAAGAAUUAAUGCGAAUAAAUGAUUUUCUUGUUUUUUUAA